UUUCUGAGACAAUUAUUUAUUUACAAAAAUUGUAUGAUGGACAAAUGGUUGGUAAAUAAGCGAAAAAUUGAAACUAAUGAAAACGAACCUUCAACUUCGGUUUUAAAACGUAAAAAAAAAACAAGAAAGUAUGAUUCAGAGUACCUAAAAAUUGGUUUUUCUUGGAAAGAAGAUAAUGAUGAACAACGACCACAGUGUGUAAUUUGUUUUGAAGUACUUGCAAACGAGAGUAUGAGUCCGAAUAAAUUACGUCGGCAUAUUGAGACUAAGCAUCCUGAUCUCAUAGAUCAACCACUCUCUUAUUUCGAAACAAAGUUGAAAGAACUAAACACGUCCAAAACAAAAAUUACAAAGUUCACCAAGGCCAAUGAAAAAGCUAUGCACGUUUCGUACCUGAUAAGUUUACGAAUCGCAAAAGCUGGCAAACCACAUACUAUCGGAGAGAAUUUAGUAUUGCCAGCAAUAAAAGAUACAGUUGAAGUAAUGUUUGGUGACAAGUUCUCAAAAGACGUCGAAAAUAUACCACUAUCAAAUGAUACAUUAGAUGAGUCUACUGAUGUCCAAGGUUUAUGUCAGCUGCUAGUAUUCAUACGUUAUAUAUGGAACAACGGACCUCAUGAAGAUAUGUUAUUUUGUGAACCAAUUAUUCGAGGUACUAGUGAGGAAAUAUUCAAUACACUCAAUACUUAUAUCAAUAAAAAAGGUCUUGAUUGGUUAAAAUGUGUUGGAUUAUGUACCGACGGUGCUAGAGCUAUGUGUGGUAAAAAUAGUAGUGUUAUAACUCGAAUGCUUGAAGUUAGUCCGAAUGCAUCAUGGACUCACUGCAAAAUUCACAGGGAAGUUUUAGUAUCAAAAAAUCUGCCAGAUAACUUGAAAAUUGUAUUGAACACUUCUGUGAAAAUAGUCAAUUUCAUCAAAACAAGGCAACUGCAAUCACGAUUAUUUGAAAAGUUGUGUGAAGAGAUGGGAAAUUCUCACAAAUCUAUUCUUUUGCAUACUGAAGUACGUUGGCUAUCAAGAGGAAAAGUAUUAACAAGACUUGUAGAACUCCGCGAAGAAGUUGCACUGUUUCUUAAAGAAAAAACUGAUUUGGUAAAAUCGUUGCACAAUGAAGAUUUUAUUUUGAAGCUAACGUAUUUAGCCGACAUAUUUGCGAAAUUGAACGAACUAAAUUUAUAUUUACAAGGCACAGAAGGAGCCGAUAUAUUUGCGGUCCAUGAAAAAAUUAGAGGUUUUAUGAAAAAACUUAUUUUAUGGCAAAAAAACAUUGAAAAACAAAAUUAUGAUUGUUUUGAAACAUUUCAAACUUUCAUAACCGAAAAUAAUAUAAAAGUUCCUGUUGACAUAAUUAGCCAAAUCACUUUGCAUUUAAUUUCAUUGAAAGAUAACUUUAACUUUUACUUCCUUGAAGAAAUGGAAAAAUGUCAAAAAAAUAAAUGGGUUGUGAAUCCGUUUCAGGACGCUAUAUUAACAGGGAUAUCAACAAAAACUGACGAAGAACUCAUUGAUAUAUCUGAAGAUAAAUCAUUAAAACUUAAAUUUAACCGAAAUAAUUUGAUUGAGUUUUGGCUAUCAGCUCAACAGAAAUGUCCAACUCUUUCAACUGAAGCUUUAAAGGUAUUACUACAUUUCUCAUCAUCAUACUUGUGUGAAGUUGGAUUUUCGGCCAUGGUGGGCAUCAAAAACAAACACAGAAACAAGCUCCAACUAUCGCACUCCUUGCGUUUGAAAGUAGCUAAAAUUGAUGUCGAAGUUGGUGCUGUUAUCAAAAGUAGCAGGAAACAAGCUCAUUCAUCUCAUACGCCUAAUUAUUAA